AUGCCGCUCGUUUUACGACUGCCGGCAGCCAAUCUCGUCGCCUCUUCCGCGGCCCCCAAAUGCGCCCGUCUACUCGCCGUCUUCCUCCCUUCCGUCCUCGAUUCGCGGAGGUUCUCGGACCCGAAGCGCGCUCACCGAUGGGGAGUCCUUUGGGGCUGGCCAUCGCCCACCGCGACCACUCGUACCGGUACCACGUCGAGGCCGUCUCCUACAUUCUACGCCUCCCUCAUGCUCAUCUUCAAGACCGCCUACUACUCCAUCUACCUCCCCGUCGCUGCUUCUGCAGCAUCCCCCAGUCCGGCUUCUCCGGCCGCCCUUCCGCGCCCUCAGAGUCCAUCCUCUGGGCGAGUACGCCCACGUGCUGAGUAUGCCCACGUGCUGGACGACUUCCUUGACUACGCCGUCGGCAAGAUCGGGACGGACGUCGUCGACAACAAACGCUCUUGGUAUGCCAAUGCCGCAGUCGCGCUUACAACCUUGACCCAGCGCGCUGUCCUCGAUGCCAACUGCGGCCGCAAAGACCCCGUGUGA